AUGACAGACUCCCGCUCUCACGGCCCAGCAGUUGCGCAGAAAAACCGGGCUUACUCCGAGGAUGACCUUCCCGAGUUUACUCCUUUGCCAUGGACGUUGAACCAGAUUCGCGCGGCGAUUCCCGAACGCUUGUUCGUUCGCCACAAUGGGAAGGCCUUUGUCUACUUGGCAAGGGACUUGGCAAUGGCCGCUACGAUGUGGUGGUUUGGUACCUUGCUUGACCCAUUUUGCAAGAGGCCCCUCGUGAUCCGUAAUCUGGGCCCUGUGGGUGCUGAGAUCCUUCGCUGGUCAGGUUGGCUGUUCUACUGGUGGUUCCAGGGCCUGAUCUUUACUGGUCUCUGGGUCGUGGGUCACGAAUGCGGACAUGGUGCUUUCUCUUCGAACAAGCGAAUCUCCGACAGUAUUGGAUUUAUAUUGCACACCGCCCUCUUUACCCCGUUCUUCAGCUGGAAAAUCUCUCACCAUCGUCACCAUAGCAAUCACGCGUCCAUGGAACGGGACGAGGUGUACGUCCCGCUCAUCCGAAGUGACCUGGGAAUACCUAAAGAAGAAGACGGACAUGAGAUCGACUACGAAGAUUACUUCGGAGACACACCCAUUUUCACACUGCUGAUGUUGAUCCGCCAGCAGCUUUUUGCGUUUCCGGCGUACCUGCUGUUCAAUGUAUCUGGCCAGAAGAGCUAUCCGAAGUGGACCAACCAUUUUGACCCAAAUUCGAUCCUGUUCAACCCGAGCCAACGCAAUGCUGUCAUACUUUCCAAUAUUGGCAUUGCCUCCAUGAUUGCUGCGCUCAAAUGGGCUUUGUCAAUCUGGGGUUCCGCAGUGGUCAUCAAGUUCUACGUUAUUCCCUGGUUGUGCGUCAAUCACUGGUUCCUUAUGGCGACGUACCUCCACCACACCGACCCCCAGCUCCCGCACUAUCGUAACACACAGUGGAACUUCCAGCGCGGCGCGGCAUCGACCGUGGAUCGUCCGUUCCUCGGAUGGCAGGGACGCUUCUUCAUGCACGAUGUUUCGCACUUCCACGUGGUCCAUCACUUCUUUCCCAUGAUGCCCUGGUACCAUGGAGAGGAGGCGACGACUUAUUUGAAAGAAUUUCUCGGGAACCAGUAUCAUUACGAUGAAACACCCAUCUUCAGGGCUCUGUGGAGAUCCUACAACGACUGCCAAUUCGUAGAAGACGAAGGUGAUGUGUUGUUCUACCGCAACAAAAAGGGCCAGGCGGCCGUACGGCCGGCUGCAGCUUAUCGCGGUGGCGUAUUGAAAAAAACACACGAAUGUCGUUGA